AUGGCUGGUGAUCUCACGAUAGAGUCUGAUUUGUUGCUCCACGCAGUUAUGCAAAGGAAAGUUAAACUCGUGCGGAUUUUGCUGGACGGUGGAGUUGACGUAAACGUUCGGGAUGAUAUGGGAAGGACCGCUUUGAUGUCUGCAUGUAUACGACAUGGAAGCUACAAACUGGAGUCCUGGAACAGAGAAGAAAGGAUAUUAACUCUUUUGCUUGAAAAAGGCGCCGAUCCAGUUGCUAAGGACAAACAUGGAAGAACGGCCCUUACAUACGCGAUUCAGUACACGGCACCUUGGUCAAUGAGAAACAAUUUAGAACUAUACGGUGCAAAUAUUGCAGAGUGUUUUUACACAACUUUUAAAUGA